GUACCACUCGCGUAUUUAGCUUCGGAGCAGCAAUUUUCGUUCGGCGUAGAAAUUAAAAGGACGCCGCCAUUAUCGAUAACUCAUUAGGACGAUGUACGCUCGACCGAAUGAAAUUUAUAAUUUCGAGAAACGACCGAAACGUUACGCGUUUGUCCAAUCGAGAGCAAUCGAUUAUCUCCUUCCACUGGAUGGUAAAACGAAUGCGUUUACAAUGUACGUAUAUCGCUUCAUUCUUCGUUUUACAAAGUGCUAAUAAAACGUGCAAGUAAAAUGAAACUGCACUCCCGGUCGAAGGAACAUCGGUGCGAGUACGAUAGAAACGGUCAAGGAAGAAGUAACUCGUGCCUCGCUUUUUAGUCUUUCGUAUUUCUUUCAUCGGGUCGUCCCGAACGAGGUCCUUCGAUCCUUUCCCCAAAGAUAACGAUUUCCAGGAUCCUUUCAGAGCGAUUUAAACGAAAGUUUGUCAGUUUAACGCCGACACGGUCGACUAGUUUUACACGCGCUGCAAAUUAUCAUCGAUAAACCAUCUUCUACUUCGCUAGCGUAAAGGAAUAUACUUAAAAACGUUUUACCUUCGCGCGCACACUCGAUUUAUAUUUCGAGAGAAACGAUUAAGAGCGUGACUUCGAAAUAGAGGACAAAAAGGACAAGUAAGAGGGAAAAAGAGAAAGAGGAAGAGAAGAAAAAGAAGAAGAAGAGAAAGUAGUUGGCCGCCCUGCUAAAAAUUCAAACUCGCGAAUUUACUAGAGAAUAAAUUUCCAACUUUCAGUCAGAAGGCGAAUCCUCUCUGGCCUCAUCCAAGCACGGCCAACCUGAAAAGUUUGACGCAUUGUCGGUGAAUAAUCGGAAGCGAUUGUCACGCUACCUUCGAAUAAAGAAAAGAGAGAGAGAGAGGGAGAGAGAGAGAGAGAGAGACCGUGAAAGGGGGAGAAUUUUAAACGCGUUUCUUUCCUUCUCGCGACGAGCGCAUCCGUGCGUAAAUAUUAAUCCGUAAGUUCGUUCGUAACUCAUUUUGCUUGGAUAUCUAAGCAAAUGGCCAACGUUACAAAUUCUGAAUCUAAGGAAUCGACGGGAGCUACGUCUACCCCGAUGACGAUUACCACGGAAAUAGAGAACAGCAAGUAUUUGCCUUCCUCUCAUGGAAGAAUCAACGGUCCGAGAAGGGAAAGCAGCGGAUUUAACGCCGUUAUCCAUCACAAACGAGGCCUCCUAGGAGCUCUUAUUUCUGGAAUAGGCAGUAAUAUGUCGCUGCCUUCUUGCAUGCCGCACGAUCAGGAUAUCUCGCAAGGACACGCCCCGAGCGUAGGACUACCGAUAUCGCUCCGUACGAAUCCAAAACAUUUAGAAAAUCAAACAAACAAUCAGUAUCAGUCCGACGAUGAUCGUCGAAAGUUGCGAACGAAUUAUUUGCAAUUAACGCCGGUCAAUACGGCUUGCGCGUCUUUGAACGCUCUCGACGUCGAUAAAGCGAAAGCACCGAUCUUGAAAGUCAUGCAAUCCACGGAACACGAAUCAAAACAUAAACAUCCGAGAGAGUUGAUAUCCACCGUAAGCAUGCUUUACGCCAAACUGUUGAUAGUGAUAGGAUUCGCGUUGCCAGUUACAGCCAGCGUCAGUCAUAAAGUACCGAUCGCUUUGAAUCAGGGGUUUUAUUUAUACCUCUACCUUGGAAGCGUUACUUUCGUGAUCACCAUGUACGCCAGCAUGCUGAAAGACAAAGCUGUAAAAAAGCUGAUACUGCAGGGCAAAAGACAGGAGGAGACCUUUACCUUUGAUGAAAAGGGUGCACGUGUUCACACCAGCCAGGCGCAACAAUAUGGAAGCUUUUGUUUGAGAUUCGGCGCUGUAGGAUUUGGUGCCGGUUCAUUGGUAUUUACCGGAUUGCAAAUUGGGGCGGAAAUAGCUUCCGGGCCAUUCAGGGCGAUUACACCAGCCGCUAGAUUACUCCUGAUCACAGCUCAGAUGCACUUUAUAUUCCUUAACAGUAAAAAUCUUGAGUUUGCGAGACUCGGUGCACUCGCGAAAUUAGGCCUGAUGCAUAUGAUCGCGACGAAUCUCUGCGAGUGGCUUCAGGCUCUCAUCGAGGAGACACACAACGAGAUCGAUCAACUGGGCCACGCAUACGAGGGUGACGAAGGGAUUCUGAAAUCGCUCUUAAGCGACGCCAGUCCCUUUCUCUUCCCUUGCACGAUCGAAUUCAGUCUGAUAUGCGCGGUAAUACUUUUCGAAAUGUGGAAGAGAACGGACGAAAGAACCGAAACGAAGAGCGAACAUUCGGCAAGAUCGAUGCAUAGACUCAGUAUCGAUUGCACCAGUGCUCAUAGAGGCCUCUUUGGUGGAAUACUUUUAGUAGCUGCUACGAUUUUAAGUUUGAUCAUGUUUUUCGUUUUGAAAGAAGCAAAGCACAAGAUGGCGAUACAACAAGUUACUGCCCUAGAAGCCGCGAUCUUAUCCUUAGGUGUAGCCGCUUCUAUAUCCGGUGCUUGGAAGAUUCGAAAUUUGGAGGAAAAAGUAUCUUCGAAAGCUCCGCGACUGGACUCGACUCUUUUGGCGGCAGCUCAGGCUGGAAUUUAUCUGCAUUGUCUUUUUGGAAUAGUCGGUAGCCUCUUAACCAUGGGUCCGAUGUGGGUGCUGUCUUUGAUUACGGAUUUCUUAACCUUGGUGCAGAGCACCUGUCAAACUUUACUCGUUAAAAUCGCAUGGAGACGACGUUGCACCACUGGAAAGGAGAAACCGGGCAAAGAACUGAUCACGUUCCUCAUCGUCGUCAACAUAGCUCUGUGGACGGUGAAUACCUUGGAAAAGUCUCGCGCCGGUGUACGCCCGGAUCAUCUUCGUUUGUUCGGUGUUUGGGCUUGGACCAUCAUUACCCAUGUUUCCAUGCCGCUCGCGAUCUUUUAUCGAUUCCAUUCCGCAAUUUGUCUCUUCGAGGUAUGGAAGAGUUGCUACAAGUACAGACCGUACAACGAAAACGCUCGUACGCUCUGUUGAAAGGCUGUCCCUGAAUCGAUUCUCCGUCUAUAACGUAGUCCUAGCAAAUAUUUUCUACUACGUAUUAAAUUGAAAAUAUCUUUGGCGUAAAAAGAAAGUAUUUUCUUUUAACAGGGAGAAAGCUCUACUUUCUUUCCAACCUUUUCGAAUAAAAUAAAAACACGUUCGUCGAUCAUUCGCGAUCUUAAACCGUAGCAGAGUUCGAAGCUUUUAAUGUAAAAUGUAAAAAUAUUAUCGCGCGAGUUCGAGCAAACGCAUUUCCACUGUA